AUGCAGGAGGAAGAAACGUACACCUCUCUUCAGUGGGAUGAUCCAACACCAAGCCCUUACCAGAAACAUCUGUCUUCCACCAAAUAUUCAGGAGCAUGGUGUCUGGUGAUGGUGAUUUCAUGUAUUCUCUGCGUGGGCUCAGUAACAACUUCUGUUUUCUUGGGGAUCAAGUUGUUCCAGGUAUCCACUAUUGCAAUGAAGCAGCAAGAAAAACUCAUCCAUCAGAACAGAGCACUGUUGAAUUUCACACAAUGGAAGAGAAACCAUGCCCUUCAGAUGAAGUAUUGCCAAACCUUGAUGCAAAACUCUUUCAGUUCAGCCGAUAACUGCAACCCUUGUCCAGACAACUGGAUUCAGAAUGGCGGAAGUUGUUACCGUGUCUUUGAAAACUGGAAAUUUUGGCACACCAGUAAAGAGGACUGUUUGAAGGAGGGUUCUAAUCUUCUACAAAUAGACAGCAAAGAAGAAAUGAACUUUAUCACUGGCAGCCUAAGGACGGUCAAAAGAGGCUAUGAUUACUGGGUGGGGCUGUCUCAGGAUGCACUCAGCAGAGCUUGGCUUUGGGAAGAUGGCUCCUCUCCUUCCCCUCACCUAUCACCAAUACAGACACUCCAAUCAACUGACCAGCUCUGUGGAUAUCUCAAGGACAAUUUCCUUUCUUCUGCUAACUGCAGCAUUUGGAAAUUUUUUAUCUGUGAGAAGUAUGCAUUAAGAUCCUCUAUCUGA